CUUCUGUUCGGUCCAGUGUGAAGCCCAGAGAAGACCUACGACGACGCACGGUUUUCAGUCCGGAGGUGCCACUGUCCCCUUCUUCUCGCAUCACAGGACGCUCGGGUACGCACGCUUGCUCCUGCUUCACCGCGCGCUGCGCAUUUGGACUCCAUGCAGGUGCUACAGAGGCUCUAAAUUUGUGCAGUCACAAUCCCUCCUAGUGGGACAAAGUAAACAUUGCACCCAACGCUGUGGCGCUGUUACAUCUUCUGAAGCAUUCCCAGGAUCUAGAGCUCGUUCUGGUCCAUUAUGGAGGGAGUGGCAGUGGAUAACCUCAUAGACUUUGAUUUACCGUCUGAGUCCAACUCUCUCACUGUGGAUGGGGGACAAAACCAAGGUCACAGCGAUAUCUUUUCCCCAGAGCCAGCCUCCUCCAGGGUGCUGCACCAGGACAGUCUGCCUGAGCCCCUAGCCCCCACAAAAGCAUCCUCCCACCACCAUCGUCACCAUGACAAUGAGGACAGUGAUGCUACAGAGUCUGCCGACAGUGAGAAUGAUAUGGACCCCCCUUCUCACAUGUGGGACGAACGGCGCUCAUCUUCAUCGUCCAAUCACAGUGCAGAAGAUGCUGACCCUGAUGCACUGGAGAGGAGGACCUUUAUGAAGGCCUAUGUAGACAAGAUCUUCCAUGGAAAUGAGGAGUUUGACCAAGAGGAGAAGGCCCGUUUUGGAGAGCUGUGCACUGGAGAGAACGGCAAAGGGAGAGAGUGGUUUGCCAAAUACGUCAGCGCACAGCGCUGCCACUCUAAAUGUGUGAGUGAACCCACCUUCUACCGCCUGGUGCAGUCCUUUGCUGUUGUGCUUUUUGAAUGUUACCAGAUGGAUGACUACACACCAGCUAAAAACCUCAUGACCAUGUGUUUCACCUUCUAUUACAUUGGAAAAGCCCAGCCGCCUCCAUCAGAGCUGCUGGAACGGGGGACUCCUCCGGUGGGCCUGGACACAUAUCUGAACAAGGCAAACUCGUGGCUCACCGGGAAAAAGGAUGCAGCGGAGCGACUGCUCAAGACCACCUCCAAGACCGAUGUGAAAGGCUUUUUUGGAGGGUUGGAGAGCAAACUGAGGAGCUCCAUGGCAAACAAGCCUGAGGAUGGAGGAAGCCCAGUGGAAAAGCCCACAACCCCAGUAUCAGAUGCUCCUGAAGAAAAGAAAGGGGAUAAAGUGUACCUUUACACCCAUCUUAAGCAGCAGCCCAUUUGGCACACACUAAGGUUUUGGAAUGCAGCCUUCUUUGAUGCGGUUCACUGUGAGAGGAAGAAGAGGUCUCCAACCACCAGAGAGAAGUGGUGUCACAUGAGCCAGCAGGAGAGAGACGACAAUUCCAAGAUCGAUGAGAACAUUGCUUUUGGUCAGCUAGGGACAUUCACUCAUAAUAUGUUGGCAUUUGGACUAAGCAAGAAGCUCUGCAAUGAUUUCCUUAAGAAGCAGGCAGUGAUAGGAAAUCUCAAUGAAGAGCAGUACAAGUUGCUGACGGAGCACAUAGAGAAAAUGGCGGUGGAGUGACCGACUGGAGCUUUUGGAUCACAGUCAGGUUUCUGUGAGCUGUACUGAACUGCUGUGCCAUUGUGUAGCAACUGCUCUGCAUAUCAGCAAUAAGACCACACCAUCAGCUGGUUAAUAAUAAUAAUCUAUACCUGCCUCAAUAUAUAAGUACAACACUCACAAAGUCAUGUAGUGUAUUCUACUGUAACAUGCAUCUCCUGUGUGUAGGCUACUCUGUGUUUCUGAUAUCAGUUAAAUGUUGCUGUGCAUCAGUUUUACCAGUGCAUUAUAUUGUGCUAAAGCAAUAACAUCAUCUUGCUUACUCACUGUGUUCUUAAUGACUAUUAUAGAACGCAUUUUAAUCAUUAUUGCAAAAGGGUAAUUAUUAAAGUGUCUACACUAAAUGGAACCUCCAUUGAAGCAUUGGUACAUCCACAAUUUGCAUUGAUGUAUUAAUCAAAAUUAUCUGACACCAUAUUCUUAGAAUGCGUUAUUGUACAAAAUGUUAUUGUAAUAAUUAUUAAUGACACAGUGUUUUGGCCACAUGAGGUGGUAUUGUUCUCUUAGAAAAGGCAGCUUUUUACCUAAUACUGACUUUUGCUGAAUCACUUUACUGCUGUAUCAUGAAUAUGGCUGCUGUGGACACAGACUUCCCAAAAUACUCAAUCUCUUUUUACUUCAUAAUUGGGCAGAAGAUAUCUUCCAGUUUGCAUUACUAUUAGUGCCAUAAAAGUGCCUUCAGUGGAAGUCAACUGCGCAAUACUACUGCACUUCCCUGAAGCUAAGUAUUUCUUGCUGUUUACGUCUGUUUUAUGUUGCACUUUGCUGUACAUCUGUGAGGUUCGCCCAAUUAUCUAGCAUCAUUUCAUACAUCUUACUGUGUAGUGUGGCUGCACUGCACUUCUAUAUGCUGCCACUAGGGGGUAGCAGUGUAUUGUAGUGUGCAUAGUAAAGUUGUGUUUGCGGGUUUAUGAUAUCAACAGAAGUCCAUAUAGUUGUGGUGUUGGGAUCCUUGCAGCUCGCCAUGUAUUCCUGGUCCAGUUUUGUUUAUAUAUUUAUUAAUGAUGAAGCAAAAUCAUUGUAAAAAUGUUAUACAUUGUUAUGAAAUUAUGAUUUAUAACUAAAAUCCCUUGAAAAUGUGUGAUUUGGAGAACAACUUCUCUUUCAAAGCACCUUUAUUUUUGAAUUGCCUAAUCAUUUAACAUGUAAACUCAAUAUUUAUCCUUUCAGCCUGUAGAAUUCUUCCUGCUUUACCUGUCACUCUACAGAGAUUAGCUCAUGUGUGUGGGCUGAACCAGUGCAAACCCACGAGUUAAGUUAAUAAUAUCUUAAAAGCCAAAUAUAUAUUAUACUAUGCUUCAAAUAGAGAACACACAUACAACCAUAAAAUGAAACAAAAAUGAAAAAAGCUCAAUGAAAGCCAAAGACUGAAAAGUGUGUAGGCAGCAGGAAUUAGGACCAAACAUGAAUCAAAUCCCUGUUUUGAUCUCAUAUUCUUAUACACAUGAGUGUGUAGUGUGUCAUUGUUCUGUCCUUCUCUGAUUCUGUGGUACAGUAGUGUGUGCUGUGAUUGAUGUUUGUCUUAGGUGUUAAAUGUCUAUUCAGUAGUUUACCUACUUGUGUGUUUGACAUGAUCAGUGUUAAAUGCAUAUAUAGUGCUGUGCAAUAAUUCUUGUAAUGCAACUCAUUAUGUGUCCAUCAAAAGUGCUAGUAAGUUAUCAUUGAAGUAACUAUCCAUACAAGUUUCAUAAAAUAUUCAAUUGAAUAAAAAAGGUCAAUUUAGUUUUUGAGGAGAUACUAUCUGAUUUUGAUCUCUAAAUAUUUUGCACUAUUUAAUUUUAACCACCAUUAAAAUUCUGUUGCCUGUGCAUGGCCGGUGCAUGCUCUGUAGCAGAUUUGUGGUGGUGUGUAGUGUUAAAUUGUCUAUUUCAAAACGUUUGAAAAUUACAAAACCUAAAUAUCUCACCAACCAAACAAAAGCUCUCAUAAACAUUCCUUACACGAUACAAUGCUGCCACUAAUACACAGGUCUGAGGUUAGACUGAUUCUCGUCUCAAAACGCCAUUAAUAAACAAAUAUCGACUGUAAGUGACUGAGGCCCCCUGCUGGACAGUGCCUGUAUUAUCAACUGACAUAUCUAAUUGUUACAUACUUCCAGUUUGCAUGGAAUCAAUGUAAUCAUAUUGAUAAUUACUCUGAAAUAAAUUUAUUUUUGACGUUGA